CCCAUUGCCGGCCCUCGCGUCGAUCGCCGCCGCUUCUCCUUCGCCUCUCCCAGAUCUUUUGCCGAGCUUGGAUGCGCUCAAUCCUUUUUACCGCUUCAUAGCGUUGUCGCUGGCGCUCGCCUCACCUCUCACCUCUCGGUCAGCGCUAGGGCUUGCUGCGAGCUCUCCCACGGUACCUACAUCCGCACUUGUCAAGAUCGCUAGUACUUGAAGGCGGCGGGAUUGGAUAAACAAAAAAGAAAGAGAAAGAGAGAGGGGUGCCCUUCAUGGAGCAGUCUUAAUUUAGUUAUCAUGAGCUAAAACUCUUUAGCUAGUUAUUUUUCGGUAGUUAUUUUUAGCUAUGAAAGUAGAAUAAACGUGUUGGUAGUUUUGGCUGCCUGCCAGCGUUGGGAGUUUGGUAAGCCGUAAGCUGUAUGAUGUUCCUGCAUCAAUUAUUAGUUGAUUCCUUACAGUUACUGUACAGUUUUCAUCUAUUUAACGUUGAAGGAACUAGUGGCUUUUAAUAUUUUUAAUGAAUAUCUAGACUUCCCUACAA